AGAAAAUAAAUACUUCAAAUUAUAUGGAUGACUAUUUUUAGAAAAUGGAUAAGAUACUAUAAUUGCCGCACCCAGCACCCAGCACCCUGCUCGCAGGUAGGAACAGGUUCAAUUUCCAUCUCUUCACUCAUCAAUUCCCAUAUCAUAGGAAUGAUGAAUCACUCUGUCUGAAGAAAAUAAAAAUUUUGUUUCCUGCGCUGGGAAUCAUAUACAUGAAAAUUACAUAUAGGAUCACCGAAUAAAUCUCAUAAAAUUAGUGCAAAGCGAUGGGCUAUAUAGAUGAAUUGCCUAAACAAGAGAGAACUUGUCAUACCAAAGCAUGGUGGUUCAUAAAGAAGUGGUGUGAGUCCCUUAACCAUCCGUCCUAGAUUUGAUCCUUGAAGCGAUGAUAAUGUAGGUGAUGCGCUUGAGAGAGACAAGGCCUAGAAAUGACAGACUCGAAUUGGAAUUAAAUCAGAGUUAUUGGUUUGAAUAGCGGGUGAUUUGCUCGGGAAAAAAACUUGUCACGGGCUCACUCGACCACUGGCCAAGUAAGCAAUCCAAUACCUCGUGUUUCUAGUUCUACAAUAUAGUAUGGCAAGGAAAAGGAGCGAUGGAUUUGGGGAGCAUUCAUACUUUAUACGUUAUCCAAAUGGUGUGCGAUGCCUAAUCCAGAAGGGAGGGCCCCGCAUAAAGUGUUGUGGGUCCCUCCUCUGCUCUGCUCGAUCUCAAAGUCUUUCCCGUUCGGGCCGGGGAAUUCGGAUUAGCCUUCUCGUUGGCUGCAAUCCCCUUUUGUCCUGUCCCAGUGCGAUACGGUAUCAUAUCCUUUUGUUCUCGUUCUCAGCUGCCGCCCCUUCCUCCUCCGACCCAAAAUCCACGGCCACAUGGGAGCGAGCAGCAGCGAUCCCACUCAGGAUGGCUCCGAUGACCACCAGAAGCGCUCUGAGAUUUAUACUUAUGAAGCUCCCUGGCACAUCUACGCCAUGAACUGGAGUGUCCGUCGCGACAAGAAGUAUCGCCUCGCCAUCGCCAGUUUGCUCGAGCAUUGCCCCAACCGCGUUGAAAUUGUUCAGCUCGACGACAUCAACGGCGAGAUUCGCUCCGAUCCUUCUCUCUCCUUUGAGCACCCUUACCCUCCUACCAAGGUCAUAUUCAUCCCGGACAAGGAGUGCCAGAGACCCGACCUCCUCGCCACCUCCAGCGACUUUCUCCGAGUCUGGCGCCUUUCCGACCCCGAUGAUAAUCCCGCCCAGCGGGUCGAGCUCAAGAGCCUCCUCAAUGGCAACCAAAACAGUGAGUUCUGCGGCCCUCUCACCUCUUUCGACUGGAACGAGGCGGAGCCCAAGCGUAUCGGCACUUCCAGCAUUGAUAAAACCUGCACAAUUUGGGAUAUCGAGAAGGAGGCCGUGGACACGCAGCUCAUUGCCCAUGAUAAGGAUGUUUACGACAUCGCUUGGGGUGGCGUUGGGGUCUUCGCCUCCGUCUCCGCCGAUGGAUCCGUUAGGGUUUUCGAUUUGCGCGAUAAGGAGCAUUCUACUAUAAUCUACGAGAGCUCCGAGCCGGACACGCCCCUGGUUCGACUCGGGUGGAAUAAGCAGGACCCGAGGUACAUGGCCACAAUCAUCAUGGACAGUGCCAAGGUCGUCAUCCUUGAUAUUCGUUUCCCUACGCUUCCGGUGGUGGAGUUGCAGAGGCACCAGGCGAGCGUGAAUGCGAUUGCCUGGGCGCCGCAUAGUUCGUGCCAUAUAUGCACCGCCGGGGAUGACUCUCAGGCGCUAAUUUGGGACCUAUCCUCCAUGGGUCAGCCGGUGGAAGGAGGAUUGGAUCCUAUCUUAGCCUAUACUGCCGGGGCAGAGAUUGAGCAGCUUCAAUGGUCGUCGUCUCAGCCGGACUGGGUUGCGAUUGCUUUCUCCACCAAGCUUCAGAUCCUAAGGGUAUGAAAUUUGAUAUUUUCCUGACAUAGCCAUCCAUUCACCUGUCACCAAGGUUGAAAUCGCCACAUUUAAGAUACUUUGCAAAAUUCAGGUUUACUGUUUUACACCCAGUCGUCAGCACAGUUGACCCCUAUUGGGUGGAAUGGUGAUAAUUUGUCUCUGAUGCCGUGCCACUUGUAUGAACAAUGAACCUUGUCAUUUAUUUUCAGUUCAGUAGAUAUGCAACAAAAUAGGGGUAGUUAAUUUUAUCCUUCUGGAGUCCUAAAGGGCGCAUAAGCCAGUGCCACGAAGGUGGCCUCGUGUUUUCCCAGGUUGUUAAUAACUGUGAGACAUGGAUAAUCUUCUUGUGUGUACAUGUUUUAUUAUCCAUAUUUUAACUCUGGCAUUGUGAUCA